AUGGCUGAACCAAUUCCACACACGUUCCCAGCCUCCAAGCUGGGCGAGUAUACCGUCAUCAAGGAGAUUGCGGAAGGGACGUUUGGCAAAGUCAAAAUGGCCGUGCAUACGAUCACUGGCCAUGAGGUAGCCAUGAAGUUCAUCUCAAAGCAGGUCAUCAAUGCCACGAAGACGAAGACGAGAGUACAGCGCGAGGUGGAGUACAUGCGCACGCUCAGGCACCCCCACAUCAUCAAGCUAUAUGAAGUGAUAUCGACGCCAACAGAUAUCAUCAUCGUCCUCGAGUAUGCGGGUGGCGAGCUGUUCAAUUACAUCGUCGAUCAUGGACGCAUGCCCGAGUCACAAGCGCGACGCUUCUUCCAGCAACUCAUCUCUGGGAUCGAAUAUAGCCACCGCCUCAAGAUCGUCCAUCGUGACCUCAAGCCGGAGAACGUACUCCUCGACGCGGAUCUGAAUGUCAAGAUCGCUGACUUUGGUCUCUCGAAUGAAAUCAAAGACGGCGACUUCCUGAAGACCAGUUGCGGGAGUCCAAACUAUGCCGCCCCCGAAGUCAUCAGAGGUGGGUUAUAUACUGGUCCUGAGAUAGACGUCUGGAGUUGUGGUGUCAUUCUGUAUGUGAUGCUCUGUGGUCGUCUACCCUUCGAGGACGAGGACGUGCAGACACUCUUCACCAAAAUAAGCCAGGGCGUAUAUCACAUGCCGUCGUACUUGUCUCCGGAAGCGAAGGGACUGAUCACUGGCAUGCUCGCUGUCGACCCUGUCAAACGUAUCACGGUUCCUGAGAUUAUUCAACACCCAUUCUUCACCACCGACCUUCCGCGUUAUCUCAGCCCAUUACCUCCUCGCCCUGGUCCUGUGCUGGGAACCUUGUCGUCACUUGUUACUCCGCCGAAGGCGCUCGAUUUCGAGAUCAUCGAGGGCUUGGGGAGAAUUGAGGAAGACGUCGUCGACGAUCUGGCGGUGCGCAUGGAAGGCGUAGACAGGGAAGACGUAUGGGAGUGUCUCAGACGACCUGACGGGCCUCAAGGAAAUGCGGUUAAAGUUGCGUACAUGCUUUUGCGAGAUAAGCGGAGAUUGGGGAGAGAUUUGGCAGAAUACGCGGAACAAGAACGAGACGCGCAGUUGGCUGCCCUAGACCCACGUAACCUUCUCUCACCAACUGCGCUGUCUCCUGGAGGGACGGAGCUAGAAGAAAACCCGUUUGAGUCUGAGUUCAAUGGGUACGAUGAAGAUGACGACGACGGGCUCGACUUCUCAACACCACAAAACGAAGCCGAGAUUAGCAACUUCGCGGUUCUGAAUUCGUCGCUCCCAGAGCAACUGCCUGAGCAGCACCACCUCGCAUCGUACGCUAGCGCGAAACGACAGUGGCCGGUGAGGGAAAAGAAACAGCAUCGGACGAAGUGGCACUUCGGUAUUCGCAGUAGGUCACCACCAAUGGAAGUGAUGUUGGAGAUAUAUCGAACACUGAGGGCACUUGGAAUGGAGUGGAAGGAGAAGAAGGAUCUUGGCGGACUUGGUGGGCUCAAGGGGGACAACCGUAAUAGCGAGAAGGUAAAGAUUGAUCGCGCGAGGGAGUUCGAUGGCCCUGGAUAUGUCGACUUGCGUGCUGCGUCCUCUGUAUACUUCGUCGAGACGAGGGCGAGGGUACAAGAUGUGGUGGUCCUCAUGAACCUUCAGUUGUACAUGGUCGAUUCCAUCAACUAUCUCGUCGACUUCCACCACAAGAAGACUUACAAGGCGUCUCCAGAUUCCAGCUCCGGGAUGUUCGACAUGGCGAAUCCGGAUACCAGCCUUUCCGAGACCGCGUCCGAGUCAAGUCGGUCUGUGAAGGACUUGAGCUUGCGCGAAGACGAGGUUGUAUCGCCAUUCGUUUUCAUGGACGUCGCGUGUCGGCUAAUCCUCGAGCUCGCUGGCGGCUCAGAGUGA